AUGAUAGCCACUAACCAAGGAUUGAAUCCAGCCUUCCAUGAAGCAGUAUGUGCAUUGGCAGUGAACACAUGGGACAAGAAGAAGAAGAACAGACACAUAGUACGCGGAUCAGUAAUCUUACCGAAGUCAGUUGGCAAGGAUAAGAAAAUUCUGGUCAUCGCCGAGGACGAGGAAGCAGAGAAGGCACAAGAGGCCGGUGCAGAUCUUGUAGUUGGAAGCGAUGAGAUUCCUAACAUUGUAUCUGGCGCAUUCGAGUUUGCGAAGUUCGACUUAAUAUUAACCACCCCGGAGAUGCUCAAAGCCUUGCGCCCGGCCGCUCGUAAACUGAGAGGACUGACUCCCACGGUGAAGAAAGGUACUGUGUUGACGGACAUAGCUGCCGGUGUCAAGAAAUUCCGAAACAGUGUGGAAUUCAAAACCACGAAGACCGGGGUUUGUAACGUCGGUCUGGGCAAGCUCACCUUGGACAAUGAAUCUCUGAAGGCGAACUUGCUUGCAUACCUGUCGGGAAUACGCACGUUCAAACCCGAAGAUACUAAAGGUGAGAUGCUGCAGAAAGUACACCUCACCACCAGCAGAGGCCCAAGUGUGGAGAUCGCGAUCAAAGAACUCAAGGCUCUAGGUAUUAAGUAGUGGUGCUUUUUUUAGUCAAACGGUCGAGCGUGUCGGAUAACUGCCCAGCCCUCCAGCCGUACCGAUUGUUGUCAGAACUUCUAGGAAUAAAAUCUCGGACUAUUGAAAAC